CUGCAAGCUGCAUCACACACGUUUUCUCCGAGAGCCCCAUAUAUCUACGGCUGCCGUGGUGGCAAGUCGAACAGUUCGAGACAACUUCAGGGCGAGAGAGACACCACCGUCCACCCGGAUCCUGCCUACCUCCCCAACCAGCCUUUGACCGGGAUCACAAACCAGAAACCAGCAGGAGUGACUACGAUGGCUUUGAGGCUACACAGGGGCCCCAGAUGUGGAGAUGUUGGGUCAACUGUGGUGAGGGCAGUGGUCUGCCUGGCUCUGUGGACGUCAGUCCAGCAGGUCAGCGGCUCGUAUGUCACGGAGGAGAUGAACGCAACCAUCCAGAACCUCCUGGAGCACUAUAAUAUGUCAAAAGAUGACAUAUUUACCGGAAAUUCUGUCGUCUCCAGAGAUCCACUGACCACUGACAAAAUUGAUAUAAGUACAAAGAUGGUGUUCAUGGGGGGCGUUUUGGACACGUACGACGAGCUGGUCCAGAAAAUGCUGAACCACCUCCCGGCUCCCCGACCCCCCGCCGCCACGCCCACGGCCUCCGGCGCCAAAGGGUCAGAGGUCACCGGGGACACCAGGGAGAAUCUGACCAAAAUCCUGAAGAAUAUCAGGAACCUGAAGAAGUUCCACUAUCAGGAGCAGAUGAAGCUCGUGCACAGACUCCAGGAGCUCAAAGAGAUUAAGAUGGACAACCUGAAGGUCCAGCAGAAGCUGUUGUUCGAGCUGCCCUGGCUCUACGAUGAGGCCAGCUCGCUGGCCGACACCAUGAGGAGGAGGAGGAAGAGGAGGAGGCGGCAAGUGAAGGCCAUAGCCCACCGCUCAGGCUAG